GUGAGAAGCGGCUGCAGAGCAGAGGCGCCCGCAUCGUCCCGCGUCGUCCGUCGUUACCCUGCGCAGCCGAGACGAGAGAAGCAGGUGGCAUCUCGCGACCGCGUCGCUCGCAGAGUCACUUCCGUUCCGUUCGGUUCGUUCCCAGCCGGCAUCGCCAUCGCCAUCGCCACCGCCAUCGAGAUGCUUCGGCUGCUGUCCCUCAUCGCGCUCUGUGCGGGCUCCGUGUGCGUGAGCGCCAGCAGCGCCGGCAGCGCCGCCGGCCUCGCCAGAGACUACGGGGUGAAACUGUGCGGCCGGGAGUUCAUCAGAGCCGUGAUCUUCACGUGCGGGGGGUCACGCUGGAGGCGCGCGGGGGACGAGGACGCGGCGCUGCGGGGAGCGGACGACGGUGUCGAUCCCUUCCUGACUGGUUCCUACAGCGGCCCGGCAGACAAAGGGGAUGAGCUCGGCUGGGCGAGGAGCUCGGCCUCGGAAGGCCCGAGCAAGUCUGCCGCGUCCCUCACGGACCUCCUUAAAGCGCUGGGUGACUCGAACGGCCCCGAGUCCGGAGGAUCCUCGGAAUUCGGCGAGAGGGAGCAGGCGCCUGGCUGGCAACGGGGGCUGCUGGAGAUGUUCGGAAACCUUAACGCCCCCUGGCCGCGUCCCAACAGACAAAAGAGGAACUUUUCCCUGGGUCUGGCAGGAAUGUGCUGCAACCAGGGCUGCACUAAGAAUGAUAUCGGCCGCCUGUGUUGAGGCAGGACACGUGGAUAGGUGGGCGAGAUACGCGUACAUUUUUCCCAUUGUCCAUCUGACUAUCUGCUUUUAUUCUUACGACCAUGUUUUGGAAAGGUGACCGUAUUUAUUCACUGAGCAUUUGUCUUUGUGGGACGGGAUUAAAUGUGAAGUCCACUUGUACUAGGCCUGAUUUAUUGUUUUAGCCAAAAAAUUCUCAUGAGAUUGCUUUCUGCUUUGUCGUCUUAUUUUUCAUUUCAGAUUCCUUAAAAAUCCAAAACAUGUUCCCCACCUCCUACUUUUCUGUACAUAACGUUCAUAAAUAGAACAAAAGUUCCCUUUCACAACCAUCAUAUCAAUGUCAUUCAUGUAAUACUGCCUUUGGAAUAUUUGUUUUGUAUUACACU